GACUAUGGCCUGGAACUUUAGAAUUGGGCCCUAAGGAUCUAAUCCAAGCAAUAAGGAAAAAAAAAUACGUCAGAAUCAAGAAAAGCAAACAUUGGGCUCUCCAUCGACGGGCCACCCGGCGAACUCUCAGAGCUUCACAUGCUACCAAUAGGAAAUAGCAGAGCAAACGCCGAUGUUAAUGCCACCAGCAAUAAAACAAAACACGCGCAUCGUCAGUUCCGCUGUCACUUCCGCUGACGGCGCUUUCUCGCCUGAUACAUCAUCUUAUCCUCGUCGCAGGAUCACUUGUCGUCCAAUUACUCGGAGGUGACAGUAGCUCUGCCCAUACCUUUAACACAGUUAUUUUUUUUUAUAAAAAAGAAAAAAAAUCUUAAGAUCCUCUUGCUCUUCACCUCCUCCGUCCUCUCUUUUUGAAUUUCCUUAUUUUCAAAAUUUUUAUAAACAGUAUUGCUGCUUCUAUUUGUUUAGUGGGCUUUGUGAUAAGUUUUGAGUUGGGUAGGUGCCUUAACUAGAUAAAACCAGCUCAAAAAAGCUCAUCAUUGCCUUUUUUUUACUCAUCAACAAACUUGAAGUUUGCUUGCCUUGCUUACUUCACAAGGUUCUGCUUAGUUACUUGCUGCAUAGAACAUAUAUUGAGAGUUGAAGAGUAAUGGCCAUAGCUCGGCUAGCUCGUCACGCAAAACGUCCAUAUGGGUUAUGUGCGAAGAUGACAGCCGUAGCGAUUAUGGGUCUCUGCUUUAUUUUUGUUUGGUCGUUGUUCUCUUCUUCUUCUUCUUCUUCAGUGACCAUUCAGAGGGAAAGCUUCGACGAUAUCGCUGAACCAGAACCAGCAAACAAUAGGGUCAGCAAUUCUAAGACCCAAUCUGAAAAGAAGAAAUCAGAAAAACAUGAAUCGAGUAGAGAAGAUCAUAAGGUGAAAGUUGAAUCUGAUUUGGAAUCAAAAAAAGAUGAGAAAAAGAUUAAUGGGUCUGCUUCUCUAUCUGUGAAUGAGCACGAGUCUCGGGAAAAGGGUAAGAAAGAAUCAUCUAAUAAGAAAGGUAGUGCUAGAAAGUUGCCCCAUGGGAUGGCAAAAAAUGGUAAUUCGCAAGAGGAAUCUGAGAGCGAAGAAUCAGAAAAGGGAGAGGAGGAGGGAGAAGUAGUGGAUGGUAGGGAAGAGGCAGCUGAUGGUCAAAGUGAAGGAAAUGGCGAUGAUGAAGGAGAAGGUGGUUUGAUUGAAACAAUAGAUGAAGAAACUACAGAGAAGGUGGAAGAACAAAGUAGUGGCUCAAAAAAUGCUGGAAAGAAGGGAAAGAUAAGGGGUCCUUUGUUUGAUCCAAAAGCACAUUAUAGUUGGAGAUUAUGCAGCACAAGAAGCAAGCACAAUUACAUUCCUUGUAUUGACAUUGAGAGUGGUAUUGGAAGGCUGCAAAGCUAUAGGCAUACUGAGAGGAGUUGCCCGAGAACACCUCCAAUGUGCCUUGUUCCACUCCCUCAUGAGAGUUAUGGCUUCCCUGUACGCUGGCCCGAGAGCAAGUUGAAGAUAUCGUACAAAAAUGUAGCACACCCAAAACUUGACGCAUUUACUAAGAAAAAUAAUUGGCUGGUGCAAUCAGGCGAAUACAUUACCUUUCCCCAAAACCAAUCUGAAUUCAAGGGUGGAGUUCAGCACUACCUUGAGUCCAUUGAAGAGAUGGUACCAGACAUUGAAUGGGGAAAGAAUAUUCGUGUAGUAUUGGAGAUUGGUUGUGCGGAUUCAAGUUUUGUGGCGUCACUCCUUGACAAAGACGUAUUAACAUUGUCACUUGGCUUGAAGGAUGACCUAGUUGAUCUAGCCCAGGUUGCUCUAGAGCGGGGUUUUCCUGCAAUAGUUAGCCCCUUUGCAACUAGAAGGCUUCCUUUUCCUAGUGGUGUUUUUGAUGCAAUUCAUUGUGGAGAGUGCAACAUUCCUUGGCAUUCCCAUGGAGGCAAGCUUCUUCUGGAGAUGAAUCGGAUUUUAAGGCCUGGUGGGUACUUCAUUUUGUCAACUAAACAUGAUAAUAUUGAAGAGGAAGAAGUCAUGACCACCUUCACAGCAUCUAUCUGUUGGAAUAUUUUAGCUCAUAAAACUGAUGAAGUGAGUGAAGUGGGUGUUAAAAUAUAUCAGAAGCCUGAGUCAAAUGAUAUAUAUGAGUUGAGAAGGAAGAAAAAUCCACCUCUGUGCAAGGAAAAUGAAAAUCCUGAUGCAGCAUGGUACGUUCCUAUGAAGAGUUGCUUGCAUGCUAUCCCAUCUUCAAUUGAACAGCAUGGUACAGAUUGGCCUGAAGAAUGGCCUAAGAGGCUAGAAACUUAUCCAGACUGGAUAAACGAUAAAGAAAAAUUGAUUGCGGACACCAAUCAUUGGAAAGCUAUAGUUGAAAAGUCUUAUCUGACUGGAAUUGGUAUUGACUGGUCCAAUAUCCGGAAUGUAAUGGACAUGAAAGCCAUCAAUGGAGGAUUUGCUGCAGCUCUCUCAGGACAGAAGGUUUGGGUAAUGAAUGUAGUCCCUGUCCAUGCACCAGACACACUUCCUAUCGUAUAUGAGCGGGGGCUUGUUGGUGUCUACCAUGAUUGGUGUGAGUCCUUUGGCACAUACCCAAGGACAUAUGAUCUUUUGCAUGCCGAUCACCUGUUUUCACGGCUUAAGAACAGGUGUAAGCAACCAGUAUCAAUAGUGGUGGAGAUGGAUAGAAUAUUAAGGCCUGGUGGGUGGGCAAUUAUACGCGAGAAAGUGGAGAUACUUGAUCCACUGGAGGCAAUACUGAAGAGCUUGAAUUGGGAGAUUCGCAUGACUUAUUCUCAAGACAAAGAGGGUAUAUUAUGUGCCCAGAAAACCAUGUGGCGGCCUUAGAAAUACAAGAAUCUCUGUAAAAUGAUGAACCACAACUGCAAAAUCAAAGGCAAGUUUUUUUCUGGUGCCUUAACAGCCAAGCAAAAUAUACAGAUUCAUCCUUUUUAGUGAAGCUUCUGAUUUAACACACCAAGCAGUUGCAUGUAACGUGGAGUUUUGGAGUCGUUUUCUGUAUAUCUUUGGACUUUGAAAUGGAGGUGAAGCUGAAUUCGUGUUAUGAAUUGCCAACAAUGUAAUAUCAAAAUUCUUUUAUCUCAAUGGAUUCACUCACUUCUCCAUUAACAGUACAUACCGUAUCGUUUGGCAUGAAAUGAAUUCAUAAAAUAUUAUUCUAUUUUAUUUCAA